AUCAAGCAAUUCCAAUCAAUCAACAGAGCAAUUGUUGGACUGGCAUCACAUCAAUCAUCUCCAACUAACACCCGCCAACAUGUCUGAGCAGCAAAAUGCCCCGCGCGCUACGCUAGAUCAUAUCGUGAUCCUCGUCUCGGCCAGCGACCUGCUACAGCUUCCUGAGCGCCUCAAAGACUCAUUUGUCGUUAGCCCUGGAGGGACUCAUGCCGGUGGCGACACAUUCAACAAGCUGAUCCUGUUUGAAGACGGCGUCUACAUUGAACUCAUCGCCUUCGUCGAGGGCAUCGACCCUGAAGUUCGCGCAAAGCACAGAUGGGGAGGCCAGCCGGAGAAUUCCAUUGUCGACUGGGCAUACACUCUGCCCCACGAGAGCGAUUUUGGGGCUAUUCAGCAGAGGGUGAAGGACGCAAAGGCCGGGUUUACGUACAACGACCCGGUGCCAGGAGGCAGGACGAGGCCAGAUGGAGUUGUCCUGAAGUGGGCUCUUGGUGUUGCUCAAGAUGCAGACGGCAAUGGAGUAGAACCGGGCCAUCUGCCCUUCUGGUGCCUGGACAGAACGCCACGAAGCAACAGAGUGCCCUACGAGGAGGACAAGGCACAGACGCAGCAUCCCUCGGGGGCACACGGCAUUUCUCGACUGCGCCUCAACGUGCCUUCCAGCCAGCUGUCACAGCUACAGAGCGUGUAUGAUGCUAUUCACAAUGUCGACAACACGGGAGCAAGCGAAAAGGAGUGGCGGUUCAACACUCCCAAUGGCUCAGCGCAAGCACGGCACACGCUUGGCGUGGCCUCAGAAAGCGGGUACAAGAUUAAGCUGGCAUUCAAGGGGAGCGUUGGAAGCCCGUCGUUCCUUGAGCUACUACCGAAUAUUGUAAUCAAGUUUGAGGAGUAAGAGGUGCCAUUAGCUUGUCAUUUCUUGUUUCUAUUCAUAGUGUUUGAAUAAGCUGGAAUAUAUGUAACCGUACGCCUCACCGCUGAGACACAGAGCUUUUCAUUCAAAAACCAUCGCAAAGCAGAUAUUCUAGGUGGCGGGGAUUUCGCAACUUGAGAUUGAGUGUAAUGAG